AUGGUUCGCUCGGUGCAGCGCCGUCACGGCCUCUUCCGUCCUGCGCCCGCGCGCCGCCCAGAGACCCACGUCCAGCCCGCGUGCCCAUGGACCUCGGAGCGUCGGCGACGCACUCGCCGACGCACGGCGAUGAGUAACCUUGCGCCGCCGCCUCAACUGACCCGCGAAGAGCGCCUGGCCCUCGCUGGCGUCGCGCACCUCCUGCCGUCGACGCCGCCAGCGCUCUGA